AUGAUGCCCUACAAACAUGAACCAAUGGGCCAUUGGACCCAGCAAGUCACAUGGAAAUUGACUAGAGCUCGAUCUUUGGUCCGUGAGAGCCACGAAUGGUUCGCCAGAAAUGACGAGACCGAGCUCAGUGCUGAGCUUCGUCAGAUUGAACGAACCCUUGCCAUGGUUCUUGAAGAUAGCCGCCUUCGACCCCCGCCCCUCUCGGCACGCCGUCCCCCACCUCUACCACCACCCGGCCCGAUACGUAGUAAUCGUCAUAUUCGCGAACGAUUCACCCGUGAGCCCGGUAAUGGCAAUUACAGGCCCCAGCCAACGCGGGAGAGCCAGACUCGGAUUUACGCGAGUAGCACUAGAGACAUCCAGAUUGUGCCGACCCGACCUACCUCGAGUCAGACCUUUAGGGAUUCAAGUACCCCUGCUUGUGCGAAAAACGAGACGAGUGUCAUCAAGCCCGCCAAUUCUAUUGCGACCGCACCACCACCGCAAGGGGUCCUUGUGGACUUCGAUGAGGAUUCAACAGUUGUUGAAUUGCUGCCGGGCAUUGUGGCCACCAUGGAAGUAUUGCAAAUUGCUCACAUCGAACCAAAAUGCUAG